AUGUCAUUUACACAAUUGGAAAUAGACAAAACAAAUAGUAAUGUCACGCAAAUUGUUGAAGUAAUUGAUAAUGCCACGGAUAAGGAACGUCGCGUCAAAGAAGCUUCACGUGUCGAAAAUAUGUUGGCACCUACGGAUGUCGCUACUAGAGUAUAG